CUUGGUCAGGCUGGCGUAAACAAACAAUUUCAAGAUCAUCUUCACGCAACGGGACAGGGAAGAGAGCAAAAAAAAGGUGCUAACGACUCAUGUGGCGUGUCCUACUUCUUCGCGAUCAAUCGCUUGCUACGGCGGUGAUGGCAGCUAGGUAAUACAAGGCAGCAAUCGGUUCCAUUACUCGAAAACGGCUGUGACUGCAGUUCACGCGCUUCAAUCAAUCGAAGGAAGGAAGGCUCUAGCCAACGAACACUGCACCAUGUUCCCGUGGUUCGAUAUUCGGUCGAUCAAUCUGAUCAACUUUCUAUUCGUCAACCUGAUCGUAACAGUGGUGGUGCUCGGUGGACUGUUGGCAACCAUCGAGAAGCAUCUGCCAACAGCGAUCCGGCAGACGUUCCGCUACGGCAAGCACGCCCUGAAAGGCACACCGGAUCGUUUGGUCUCGUUGCUGGAGGUCCCGAAGGCAUGGUUCAAACACUUUUACAUCUUUGCUGCUCUAUGGGCGCUGGCCGGACUUGGCGUGAUGAUGGAAACCUACAUGACGGGUAAACCAGCUCCCGACUACGUGAUAGCGUUCCUCGACACGAUGGCCACCAAUAGGCGUAUGGUGCGCACGACCCCGACCGAAACGCUGAUUGCCAUGACGUUGAUCACGAUGCAAUGCUUACGACGGUUCUACGAAACCUGGUUCGUGCAGGUGUUUUCCAGCAAGCUGAAGAUCAACCUGUCCGCGUACCUCGUCGGAUACAUACACUACUUCGGCACGAUCGUGGCGAUCCUUUCGCAGGCAGAAGGAUUCACCCGCACCGGGCCCGUCUCACUCCCGACCAAUGGGUAUCGGUUUGAGGUCACCGUACCGCUCGGCCUGGCGAUCGGUGUGUUUUACUACGCCUGGUACCACCAGUAUCGAUCGAACGUAAUCCUCGCGAACCUGCGCAAGGAUAAAGCUGGCAAGGUGGUGAGCCAGAAGCAUAGUCUACCGACCGGUGACUAUUUUGAGGUCGUUUCCUCGCCCCACAUGUUCUUCGAGAUCGUGAUGUACGUGGUGCUGUUCGGGGUGUUGCGUCGGAAUAGCUCGAUGGCGUACGUGUUGCUGUGGGUCGUGUCGAAUCAGCUGAUGAACUCGUGGCUUACGCACCAGUGGUACGUGGAAAACUUCCCCAACUAUCCGAAGCAAAGGAAAGCACUGGUUCCUUACAUUUUGUGAGUUGGAAAAUGGGUGUAAUACCCAUUCGCUAACGCAUUCCGGGUGCUGGGGUAAUUCGGGAGAAAACGGGUACGAUCUAACGCGGCUCAAAUGGUGCUACACAUUACUAAUUACGCUUUAUUUAUUGCAUUCAACAAUUGCCCAGUCGAAUAAAAUGUGGUUUUUCUAUUGCCAAAA